AUGGACUCCCACUCCACGUCUUCGUCACCCGGACUCCUCCUCGUAACCAUGCGCCCUCAUGCUUCACCCGCCAGCCGCGCCCGCUUCCGCGACUGGUACAACAACGAGCACGGACCGGACCGCCUGCGCCUGCCCGACAUUUUCGCCAACGGCCUGCGCUAUCGCUCCCUGUCGUUGUCCGACGAUGAGAAAGACUCGACGGACCUCUUCAUGGCCCUCUACGACGUCCCGCUCAUGCAUCGCCUCGCCGAGCCCGCCUACACCUCCCUCCGCGCCCGCCGCUCCCCGCGCGAGGCAGAGAUCAUCGCCGCCGACGUCGACGAUUUGCGCCGCGACCUCUUCGACCUCGUCUGGACCAGCCAGGUGUCCUUUUUCGUGCCGCUCGAGAAGCUCGCAGACGAUGAAGCACACGCCAUCGUCACCGUCGCAGAGCAGGUCACCCCGUCAGAAGGCGACGACUACCGCGCCUGGUUCGUCGACGAGCACGUCCCGACGCUCGCCCAGGGCGCUGGAUGGCUGCGCUCCCGCCUCUUCAAGACGUCAAGUCUCGGGCAGCAGGAAACGGUCGUCUACCUCGGCCUCCACGACUAUGCCAAGCAUAAGGGGGACACGCCCUCUACAGACAUGGCCCGGAGAAUAGACGUCCUGGCUGAGAACCGACGCACCUGGUCCCUCUUUUACGUCUUCGGCCCAGCCCCGCGCGACCUCGGAGCCGUCUCCCUCAACCCGGACCCGGCCGCCUUCACCUCCCCAGACGGACGGACAUCAACGGUCCGUAGCCCCAGCCCCGUCAUCAGCUCCUACAUCACCACCAAAGACUCUCUCACCAUCCCGUACCGUCUACAAGGAAACCCAGCUCCCGACGCCCCAGUAGUCGCAUUCAGCAACUCCCUCCUAACAUCCCUCCACAUGUGGGAUCCCCUCGUCGACCUCCUCAAGCAAAAGCGCCCCGACCUGCGCAUCCUCCGCUACGACACCCGCGGCCGCCACCCCAUCCCCCAGCCCCCCCACGCCGCGACUUUUGCAACCCUCACAGCAGAUCUUUUACAGCUCCUCGACUCCCUGCACAUUCCUCGGCUCUACGCCCUGGUCGGCGUCUCCGUCGGCGGCGCCACGGCCCUCAGCUUCGCCAUCAACCACCCGACCCGCCUGCGCAAGUUCAUCGCCUGCGACUUCAACAGCGCCUCCACCCCCGCAAACACCCAGGCCUGGCAAGACCGCGUACCAUCACCCGCUGGCUCCACCCCGCCAGCUUGGAAAAGGCCCAUCUCAAGCAGUGGCUAG